AUGAUUGCGCUGGUGAUAUUCAUUCUGAGCGUUAUGCUGGUCGCGAUUCCAGUGACUUCAAGGCCUCUAAGGGCAAUCAUGUUCACUACAGAACCAAUG